UGAAGAUCCAAUAAUGCAUGUUCAGACAAAAAUAAUUUAACUGGUUGUUAUAAUGGCCACAACCGCCUACGGUAAUGAAGAAGAAAUUCAAGGAAGACAUCCAUCUUAUCAUGAUGAUAUUAAUCUAAUGUGGGGCUGCAAACACUAUCUAAGAUCCUGCAAACUCGUCACUGAAUGUUGUGAUAAGAUCUAUACAUGCACACGUUGCCAUGAUGAGGAGGCUGAUCAUUCAACAGACAGAAGAAGAAUUACAAAGAUGAUGUGCAUGAAAUGCUUGGUUAUUCAGUCCAUUGGUCAAACUUGCUCAACUGCCUCAUGCAACAACUUGGUCAUGGCAAAAUAUUAUUGCAGUAUUUGCAAAUUGUUUGAUGAUGGAAGAGAAAUCUAUCAUUGUCCUUUCUGUAACCUCUGCCGAGUAGGAAAGGGAUUGGGGAUUGAUUACUUCCAUUGCGAGAAAUGCAACGCCUGCAUGUCAAUGUCUAAUUUGGUGCAUGUAUGCAGAGAGAAAUGUUUGGAAAAGAACUGCCCGAUUUGCCACGAGUACAUGUUCACAUCGAGAAGGCCAGUUAAAGCCUUACCUUGUGGUCAUAUGAUGCACUCGACAUGUCUUCGAGACUACACAUGUACUAACUAUGCAUGUCCGAUUUGUAUCAAGUUAGUUAGAGACAUGCAAGUAAGUUCUAAGCUAUAGGCAUUUUGCAGAAUAAUCAGUUUGUUACGCUAAUAAUUGCUGCCGAAUAAGCAUUUAUUGACAUGAAUUUCUAUAUUUACCCAGUUGUUGUAAGAGUUUUAAUUACCAAAAUGUAAUAAAGUGAAUAUUUGUAGCCGUUAUGUAA